ACAUUCCUGACUCGUCUUCUGCCGAGUUGUGAGAAAAUAUUAAGGAAGUGUUCAAGGAUUUGCAGCCCGGACAUGUUCCGCCGCGCCGCGGGGGCUUCUUGGAGUUGGGUGGAUGCACAAAACACUGGAGAUCUGACACUUUUACAAUAGACCUGAUCGUUAAUGCUGCCUGGAGUAAUUCGUGACGGAGACUCUGAUGCAAAUGUGAAUACACCCUUAAAGGGGUACUCCUUAGACAUUUAUGUAUUAUCCUCAAGAUAUGCCGGAUAGAUGCAGCUCACGAUCAUCUGUCUUCAGGACGGGGAACUCCGACCGCAGCAUAAAUGAAGGGGCGACCAUGGAAAGCAUGGAGGUCAGAGGGACACCCAUCUAUCAGACAUAACUGGUGGUUUUCUAGAAAAUGACCAUUGAGGACCUGACUGUCGGGUACCUUGAAGGACACACCCUGCCUGUUGUGCACCACUUCCAGCCGUGCUAUCCGGACCCCUGCCGACCGGUCACAUUCUCCGUGGCUGCUGCUCCAAUGCCGUCUGACUGUGGUGAAUUCUCCUUUUUUGACCCAAAUGAUGCCUCGUGUCAGGAUAUUCUCUUUGAUCCGGACACUUUCCGUUUCAGAGCUUUUUGCUAUCUUAAGACAAUGGGUCCCCAAGUCCAGCAGAACAUAGAGGUCAUCGGGAAUGAGAUUUUGAAGCGAGGAUGUAACGUCAAUGACCGGGAUGGACUGACGGAUAUGACGUUGCUGCAUUACACGUGUAAUCUGGAGCACAAGGCAUCGGUGAGAGCUGUGGGUGAUGCAGAGACCGCUGCAAAAUUCGCCUCUCACCUCAACAUUGGAGCAGAUGUGAGCCUACGAAGUCGCUGGACUAAUAUGAACGCUCUGCAUUAUGCUGCCUAUUUUGAUGUUCCUGAGUUGAUACAUCUUAUACUGAAGGCUUCAAAGCCAAGAGAUGUCGAUGCCACCUGUAGUGACUUUGAUUUUGGGACUGCGCUGCACAUUGCUGCUUCAAACCUGUGCUUGGGAGCUGUGAAAGCCUUGUUGGAAAAUAGAGCAAAUCUGGCCUUCAGGGAUGACAGAGGCCGUGUCCCAGCAGAUGUGGUUCCUGACCCGGUGGAUAUGCCCCUGGAGAUGGCUGAUGCGGCAGCUGUAGCAAAGGAGAUCAAACAGAUCCUGCUGGACGCCAUGCCUCUGUUGUGUGAUCUCUCCCAGAUCUCCCUCCCUAACUACGACAACGUACCGGGAAAUGUGUCGCUCCAGUCAUCUGGUCUGAAGCUGGGAGACAGAGUGCUGAUAGCCGGGAAGAAGGUCGGCACUUUAAGGUACUGCGGACCCACUCGGUUCGCUACGGGCCAGUGGGCCGGGAUAGAGAUGGAAGAAGCGGACGGGAAGAAUGAUGGCAGCGUGGGUGGAGUCCAGUAUUUUAAGUGUUCUCCUAAACAUGGUAUCUUUGCGCCACUGUCCAAGGUAAGACGAGCAAACGAGCCAAUGAAGACAUUUAUCAGACACUCAUCUAGCAAGACAACCGGUUCUAUCAAAUCUUCUAAGAUCGACCUGAGCCGAGUUACAUCAAAAAUUAACACCGGGCUGCCUCCCUUCAAGAAAAACUCAACAUUUAUCCAAAGCAACGACGAGUCCAUGAAUUCUUUGUCCUCUAAGAAAGCAUUCUACAUCAGAUACAGCAGUUUUUCUUCAAGCUCAUUCUCCUCCUCAUCAUCAUCCUCCUCCUUUGUUGAGACCAAGCCGCCCCUCCCCAGUCAUUGCCGUCUGCCUUGGGCUGCUGUGGUCAGGCCCCGGUCCUCUACAUUAAAGACUGGUCUUCAGCCGCCUGUGUUAUCCUCUAGGGGUAGCCUAACCUCCGAGCAGACGGAGUUCCAGCCUGGUGACCGGGUUCUUGUGGUCGGUCAGAGACUUGGCACUAUAAGAUUUUAUGGCAAAACAAGUUUUGCACCAGGGUACUGGUGCGGCAUUGAGCUGGACAAACCUCAUGGUAAAAAUGAGGGCUCAAUCUCUGGAGUUCAGUAUUUUACCUGCCCCCCUAAACAUGGGGUUUUUGCACCUCCGUCUAGAGUUCAAAGGGUCUGUGGGUCUUUGGAUUCUUUGUCGGAGAUUCCAGCGAGUAAACUGAACCAUUCCUUCCCAGGGUUCAAAAGAAGCCUCAGCUCCACAUCUACAACAGCUUCACAGAAAGACGUGGACAGGAGACACUCAUAUGGCCGGGCCAGGAAGCCAGCCCUCCGCCGCAGUUGGAGCAGCACCAGUUCCACCAGCACCAGUGACGGAGGUGUGAAGCUGCACAAGGGGUCCCAGGUCUUGCUGACCAGCUCCAAUGAAAUAUCCAUCAUACGGUACAUUGGCCCUACAGACUUUGCCCCUGGCGUGUGGUUAGGACUAGAACUGCGCUCUGCCAAGGGAAAGAAUGAUGGUUCUGUCGGCGACAAGCGUUAUUUUCACUGUAAGCCAAACCACGGCAUCCUGGUCAGACCCGGCAGAGUCACCUACAGAGGGAUCAAUGGAUCCAAACUCGUGGAUGAGAUCUGCUGACCCCAAUCCUUGCACAUUUACAGGACUGGACCUUAUUUGACCUGGGAAUUUGGGGCUUUAUCUGAAUGUUUUUGACUCUUGUCUGUUUUCUAGCUUUUUCCAUUUGUUAUGAGAAUUUAACUAAUCAAGAAUGUAUCCCCUCCAGCCUAAGCCUGGGGUAACGUGACCCACAUUGGGGUGUCCCGGUGUCUGAUCUACCAUUACCUAGCCUGUGAUCUACUGGUAAAGCUUGCAAGGCAAGAUUCUGGACAGAGGUGGGUCCUACUAUGACCCAGCUGUAGGCACCCAAAGAAAUGGUCUGUUGUUUAUUGUUCAAGCCAAGCGGGGAGGUGGUCAUCCAUAAAAUUCUAAUAUUUCAGCUCCUUUUUUUAAAGGAGGAUGCCCUGGGAGUAUAAUUGUUUGUCAUAGGAAGGGGUGGCAACAUGCAUCACUUAAAGGGAUUCUCCACUACUGGCUAUCUUGGUGUUAGUGGCUGCCUUAGUACUGGUAUCUCUGGUAAAUAUUUCCAGAAUGCAGAUGGUGAAAACUUUAGUUUUGCAGCCGAGUUGGGAGAUCAUCAGUCGAAGCCGCGGCUCUCUUAAAGCAAUAUGCUUUAUCUCUGGAAUCCCAUCACUAAACCAAGCUACCACUGGUGGUCUUGAAUUUUAAUCGCAUUAAUAAAGUAUUGAUUUUAAAUUUUUAGUCCAAAUAUAAGAAUUCAAGGCCGCAGUCAUAGAUUCCGAAAAAAUAAAAAAAUCCUACAUGCAGGAAUACUCUGUCUAGUAAAAUGACGAACUCUGUGAGGUAAGUCUGGCGUACCGGUGUAGUUAGUGGGGUCCUCCGGUGCCACUAGUUCACUUAUGUAUUAUUAUGCUCCACUCCUAUAUCAAAGCAGAACAGUCAAAAUCAGUAAGACAGAUGUAAGAGCAGCCUAACUCUGUGGCAGGUGCUGUCAAUGGUCAGGUGCUGACUCUGUGGCAGGUGCUGUCAUUGAUGAGGCUCUGACUCUGUGGCAGGUGCUGUCAUUGGUCAGAUGCUGACUCCGCGCCAGGUUCUGUCAUUGGUCAGGCCCCCACUCUAUGGCAGGUGCUGUCAUUGUUCAGGCCCCAACUCUGUGGCAGGUGCUGUCAUUGUUCAGGUUCCAACUCUGUGGCAGGUGCUGUCAUUGUUCAGGUUCCAACUCUGUGGCAGGUGCUGUCAUUGGUCAGGCCGCCAUUCUGUGGCAGGUGCUGUCAUUGGUCAGGCCGCCAUUCUGUGGCAGGUGCUGUCAUUGGUCAGGUUCCGACUCUGUGGCAGGUGCUGUAAUUGGUCAUGCCGCCACUCUGUGGCAAGUGCUGUAAUUGGUGAGGUUCCGACUUUGUGGCAGGUGCUGUCAUUGGUCAGGCCUCCACUCUAUGGCAGGUGCUCUCAUUAGUCAGGCCUCAACUCUGUGGCAGGUGCUGUCAUUGGUCAGGCCUCCACUCUGUGGCACGUGCUGUCAUUGGUCAGGCCUCCACUCUGUGGCACGUGCUGUCAUUGGUCAGGCCUCCACUUUGUGGCACGUGCUGUAAUUGGUCAGGCUCUACUUUAGUAUGGAAACCUAUGACCAGUGCCUAUGGGGUCUAGUUGCGUUACCACAUGUUUAUCAGCCUAACGCGACCUAUUCACCUCUCUUUCGAGAUGCAUUGCAGAAUCUUUUGGUAACAGUAUUAACCUUUGUAGGGAAUUCUGGGUUAUUAGAAGGGGGUCCUAUGUUCAGGGUGUCAUCUACUGGGCUAGAGUGUAGAGCGGUCACAAAGAGCACCUCUCACUCUGUAGGACCUGUCCUGUCCAUUGUUACACUGACAACGCAUUGAUUGGACACGAUGGUGGCGCUGCAGGGAAAUUGAACACUUGUUCCCAGGUUUGUCCACAGAAUGCAACUGAUCACUGGAAGCCCCUGCAGGAGGACGCUUUGUGAUCAGCUAAAUGUCAAAUCCAAGUAGGGAUUUUCCAAUAUAGAAAUUGUCAUUGAGUGGCGACUGAUGGUUGCACCUUUGGAGCAGCAGCUAGCAGUAGUAACCUGGUAUCUGGGGAAUUAAGCUGCAUGCUGUGCUGAUAUAUUUCUCAAUGUCUGUCAGAGCUCCUAAUUCCCACCUAAGCAUAGAGUUAAAUUGGGAAAUUCUGUCUCCCUGCAGCCACCACUAGAGGGCAGAUUAAAUAACGGCAUGCUGCAAUGCUUUACCAUUAGAACAUAUCCUAUUUUUGGAAACUGAUUGCGACUUUUCAUGGAACUUUUCCUGUGACCACUUCCUAAGUAAAAAAGAGUCAGCAAUCUCAUGUACAUAUUGAUAUGCAUUAUUUGCAAUGCGGUAUUGGGUGGCGGUACGCGGAAGAGAGCACUUAACUGAAUAGAAGCACUUUUAAAGCGAAUGCACUUUUCUUACUAUCAUUACAUGAAUUAUUUAUAUUUAGGGGGUUUUCAGCCUUUCUUUUGCUACCUUAAAGGGACACUGACAGGGCCAAUAAGCAUAUUGAGGUAUAUAUAU